AUGGCGGAAGAUUUCGUGACUCAUGAUAGGUUCGCGAUAGCGAACUCCUUGACUCCGCACCGAGGCGAUGGAUCCCGAUUCUCGUAUAGCGCAUCUUGGGGAACCUUGCCGGAGUGUGCGGCUCAGCAAGUCUGCAGUGCCCUCUACGUGCGACUGAAUCGAACGCAGCCUCUGUGUCAGUGCAGCAACCAGUUCAAGGAUCCCUGCUCGAAGACAGACUACGUGGACGAGCACUCAAUCAAGCUCAUCUCGUCAGGCGAUAAGAAGAAGGCCUACAACUUGGUGAAAGUCUGCGAGCCGGUAAUGUCUAUCCGGCGGUGCAAAUCACCGCAGGAUUGGCAACUACUGGCUCUGCAAUCCACGAGAACAGGAAAAUCCCAUUACUUGGUUGUUUGUCGAUGCCCAACCGGCUCCUCGCUUCUGGGUCCCAUCAAGCAUAACAAUCCCCCGUAUGCGAACAUUCCCGGGAUUCGGGUCUAUGGUAUGCUCUGCUCUCAGCGCAGAGGCAACCGACAAGUGAAAGAGAAAGAACUACCACCCGUGCCAUGGGACCGCCUUCUACAUUUGGCCCGUCAGUCCGGUCUCACAAAUAUCACCCUGCCGUUCAGUUAA